AUACAUAAUGGGAUUCCGGAUUUCACUGUUGACUCUUUUAUCAUCCUACUUCCUACCCUCUCACUCUCUGUCUCUCUGUCUCUCUCUACUUCUGCCAACUCAAGAAAUCCACUCUCUCCGUCUCCCUCUAAUUCUGCCAACUCUAGAAACCACAGUACUUGUAACUCUUCACUUUUCCUGCCCUAGAAUUUAGAGUUUCUGGUUAUCCACCACACACUUCAAAGGGGAAGAAGAACAAGUAGCCGAAGAAAAUUCACUGACAAACCAAUGGGCAAAGAUCAACCAUCUUAUUCUUUCACCAAGAAGUUCUUACCUUGGUCCUUUUAUUGCAUUAUCCCUAUUGCCAUCUUUCGUUUAUACUUUUACCCUCUUCACUUAGUUCCCCAAUCUACCACUGAUCAGCUCCCCAACACUCAACACACUGUCAUCACCUUUUCUUCUUCUUCUUCUUCUAUCAAUCGAGAAGAGAAAAGAGUUUUUGAAACUCCUUGUGACUUCACCAAUGGCAGCUGGGUCCAUGACAAGAUGGGACCUUUGUACAAUGGCACCGCCUGUGCUACCAUUAAGGAAGGUCAAAACUGCAUCGCUCAUGGAAGACCUGACCUGGGUUACCUCUACUGGAGAUGGAAACCAAAUCAAUGCAAGCUCCCGAGGUUUGAUCCCCACACUUUUCUUCAACUUCUUAGUCACAAACAUUUAGCAUUUGUUGGUGACUCAGUGGCUAGGAACCAACUUGAGUCCCUUCUUUGUAUGCUUUCCACGGUCUCUGUCCCUAAUCUUGUUUAUCGAGAUGGUGAAGAUAAUAAAUUUAGAAGAUGGCAUUUUGCUUCUCAUAAUGUCAGUAUUUCUGUUUAUUGGUCACCGUUUUUAGUUAAAGGAAUUGAGAAAUCUAAAUCUGAUAAUCUUAACAAAUUGUAUGUGGAUUAUGUGGAUGAGAGGUGGGCGGCGGAUUUGGAUCAAAUAGACAUGAUUGUUUUAUCUUUUGGGCAUUGGUUUUUACAUCCUGCUGUGUAUUUUGAGGGAGAUUCUGUAUUGGGUUGCCAUUAUUGUCCUGGACUUAAUCACACUGAGAUUGGAUUCUAUGAUGUUUUGAGAAAGGCCUUAAAGACUACCCUCAAAACAAUAACUGAAAGAACAGGGUCUAAUGGUAAUGUUAAAGAUGUGAUUUUGACCACAUUUGCUCCAUCACAUUUUGAAGGUGAUUGGGAUAAGGCAGGUGCUUGUCCUAAGACGAAGCCUUAUAAGGAGGGCGAAAUAUUCCUUGAAGGAAUGGAUGCUGAUAUGAGAAAUAUUGAGGUUGAACAAGUGGAGGAAGCCAAGGGAAAUGCUAAGCAAUUUAAGGGGUUGAGGCUAGAGGCAUUGGAUGUCACCCGACUAUCAUUGAUGAGACCAGAUGGUCAUCCGGGUCCUUACAUGCAUCCGAAUCCAUUUGCUAAUGGGAUUCAAGAGCAUGUACAGAAUGAUUGUGUUCAUUGGUGUUUACCAGGGCCUAUAGAUACUUGGAAUCAAAUAAUGUUAGAGGUUAUAAGGAGAUGGGAGGGUCAGUCAAGAAGAGAAGAAUGAGAUACGGCAGUAGAAAAAUAUUGGGUUUGUUUCUCUUUGAUGUUUUUCUCUGAUUUAUCUAACUUGAUAGAUAAUUGAAACAAAUGAGGAGAUAAAGUGAUUGGGAGUGGUUACAUUUCUGUAGGGGGUCUUCUCUAAUUUGAAAGAAUUGGAAGACGGGAAAAGAGUGAUAAUGGAAGAGAGGGUUGGGGCAGCAAAGUUACAAAGAUGAUAUACUUGUGGAAGAUACAUGCUGGUCUGUGAAAGAAAUUGAAGGUCAUUGGCAGUUUUUGUUGAUUUGCUGGCCAGGUUCACAUACUUGAUGAAUGUAUACAUUGAGAUACUUGUUUGGUUGUAAGUUUUUGUUGCAUGAGAUUUAAGCUUUUUAGUUUGGAAUUUGAUUUGAACUCCGAUUUAUAUAUGUUAUGUUAUCUUUCACCUAAUAUGAAAAUUAUGUAGAGUAAAAUUUCUCGUUAGUAUGA